AGUUUGUACUAGGUAGCAGCUACUAGCUACCUUAUUAUUUGAGGAAGUUUCUUAUUAUGUUAGUGUAAUCAUAUCUGCAUCAACACUCGUGUUGAGUGGAGACACUUGAAAAUGCGGCGCGCAGUGGCGCUUGCGGGCGUCGUUGUCGCUGCUGCGCGGCAACAAGCGAUCGAGCCGGAGAUCGGUUCCAGUAGAAAGGGAGAAAAUCCAUGGAACACGUAAUUUAAAUUUCAAUUUUCUUUGAUUUCGUCAUUUAGCUUGUGGGUUGCUGGUAGUACUACAGACAUUCUAAUCGUGCAGGUAAUCUCCGUGUUCAAAGAAGAUGAACUUUGAUAGACUCUUCAUUUAGACCUUCCAGCUACUGCUUCCGAAGUAGUAGCGGAUCAAGAGUAUGACGUCUAAGCAGCUAUCGUUUUUCUUUUUAUUAGGUACAGACUGAUCCGAUUGUCCGAUGGGACAUUCCAUACAUCGAAUCCGUACAUUCCGGAGCGACCCUUUCGAGUACUGGAUAAUCUUGAGCCGGAGGCGCCGCUUUCCGCCACUGGCUACGAGGAGGAGCACUACCCGCAAGAACAUUCCGCACCUGGCGGAGCCUAUGUUUUUCUGCCGAAGUACCGGUACGGCAUACCCUUCCCAGAAGAACAUCCGCCGCAACCAGAGGUUUCGCUUUUUCGAAGAACUUCAAAAUACACCAAAGCCAUUUUUUCCAAGAAGAUGAAUGGAUCGAUGCAGGAAAAAGUAGAACUACACACAGCAUUGUUAUCAUGUUUCGGAAAUUUUUCCUUUCCUCAAAAGCACAAAUGUCGCCCACUCUAGCCGUCGAAGGGAGCGAGUCUCGUGUGCCGCGACUUACCUGCUACCUGGGUAGAUGCCGCGAACCGAGGGUGCGAGCACUACCGGGUCCGCAAAUACUGCACGGAGGACGGUGCUGUGGGUGACGGCUGGGACGCGGAAGGUGGCGCUACGAUCCAAGACCUGGCACACAACAGCCUAGAUGCGCUACAAGCGUGUUGCAUAUGCGGUGGCGGAUCCAAAAGAGUCGUCUGUAGGAUAUGAUCACUUUUAUUAGACCUAAGUUUAAUCCAUUGGAAAAUUGAAGUAGAAAAUAGGACUACUAGUAUUCAUGUUCUGGUGACUGUAGUUUUCUCUAACUUCCUUGGCACACCUGUAAUCGGGUUGGACACGCCACACCGGGAGAUUCAUGCACCGAUGGACAAAUUACCUUUGGACUAUUACCCUUUGCGAACGCGAACAGGCUACAGCAGUCACGGCAACAUUCCGCAGGCUUAUCGCAGCAAGGAGGCAGUGGCUCCUGCCGAUGAUAUCGAUGAGAAGUAUAAAAUCUAUUUCUCCCAGAUUUACGAUCGCGAGCACGCCACAAGUGCAACAGGGCUGUCAGCGCAGUACUUCGGCAUCGCAAACACGCCAACGGACUGGACUAAGGGAUGGCAGCCAGUAUUCAACAUGUAUUUUAAGUUCUUUGGAAUUUCAAUGAAUUGUUCCGAAGUUGUGUUCGUGCUAUAGGACGGCGCCCUACAAGAAUAAGAAAUCCUCGGUUUAUUUGACAAGAACAAAAAUCGUUGCAAUUGACUGCUCAUCACGUUGGAAAUGAGAUUUUAUUCGUCACUUCUUGCUUCAUUUCACCCCCACUAGAAAACUGGAUACACUCUUACAUACUUACUUACAAUUACUACUUCUACCUGUCUUGUUCCACACAGAAAAACGUGGCCUACACGAAUAUUGCGCCAUUCCUCGACUUUCGAUCGCAAAGCAACCAAUUGUUGUGGCCGCAGGCGAAAAACACUGAGCCAGUGGUCUGGUGGAGCCGUUUCUCGGGAACGUUGAAGGUACUCCAAGCUGGCACCUACAUGUUCGACCUCGCGCUCGGCACAGACGACAAUCCCGCGACUUUGAUCGUGGACGGCGAGGAGGUGCUGACGCAUGGCCAGUGCCGCGUCUUCACGAGUAAGCAAGCGUGUGAGGAUCGCGGCUGUCAGGUCAUAUCGGGUGGACUCGAGGCCGUUGCUGCGCAAGACGAGGCCGCCUCCUUGUUGCAGACGCGAAAAUCUCUGGGAGCGAAAGCCUCUAGCUCUCGGAUGUCUACAACGAGGACAGCAUCUUCAUUAACCUCUGAAGAAGCCUCAUUUGAGAUUGAGUCGAAACAUGAACAGCCACGCCGUUCGCUGUUGCAGAAACAGCGUAGUGCAAAAGCGGAACCGGAGUUUGAUCAGAUGACCUGUCAGGUAUCGCCGCCGAAAACGCUGGAGCUCUCAGCCGGCGGUCACUGUGUACAGGUUUUCGUACGGGUGCACAAAAGCGGCGUAGGACAAACCAUGGCGCUUCGAUACAUGGGACCCGACACGCAGCAACGCAUGGUCACCACCCCCUCCGCGCUCCUAAACUGUAAUCCAGAGGUUCCCGGCGUCUGCUCGAAUCCGGAAAUCGAUGCGUGUGCGGCGGGCGCCGCUCCAGCGGAUGCAACUGGUGUCUGAGGGAAAUUCAUCUUCCUACGCAGGUGUCAUUUGAGGUCUAUACGACCCUAGAUAUGAAGGCGUGAAGAACAGAAGUGAAGAGUAGUCUUCAGGAAAAUGUACCCAGCAUUCAAAAUUGUUGAUUGCAAACAGCUACUUAUGCUCUUUUCGUCCAAAAGGUAAAGCGGACGUGAAGGUAUCCUACGGACGUUAGAGGCUUAAGUAUGAUGGAAAAAGCCUUCUCCUAGAGAUCAGAUUCGAAGUGCUUCUUCUUGUACUGCGGGCCUAGCAGAAGGGACAAGAGUUUCUUAAAUGUAGAUACACACAAUAGGUCAAUUUGAGUUUCAGAUUCAGUCGUUUUUUCGUUCAACAUGCACUAAAAAAGCAUCGCUGUCCUAAAGCAUCGCUGUCAGUGCUGGAACUUCGACGCG